AUGUCGCCGUCUUCUGCUUGGAUCUGCUGUUGGUGCGCAAACUAUUCAACAUCUGUGAGCAUUUUGAACUGGCCUCGGGAGCCAAGCUGGGGAAAACAGUGGAAUUUAAAUUCCCCAACUUCUGUGGUGGGAUUUGAACUGACAUCCACCAGAUUAUCAGUGUGCACAGCAGAUGGUCAGUUCAUCAUAGUGAUCUCCAAGAACCUGACCCAUCCUGCCCUCAACCUGUCAUCUCUUCAUGUGAAAGAUGGACAAGAAGCUGAGUGCAGGCCUAAACUAAGCACUGGGCAACUUGUGGCCUUCCACUUUCCAAUCACCUCUUGUGGCUCAAGCAAGUGGGAGGGAAAUGGAACCUUGGUGUAUGAAACAGCUGUCUUGGGGAAGAGGAUGAUUCAGACUGGGAAGCUGGGCUCAAUAACCCGGGACAGCACCUUCCGCCUGAAUGUCCAGUGCAAGUACAAGGGGAGGCAGGAAACAGGCUUGCAGGUUAAUGUCACAGUUUACACUCUUUCUCCUCCACCUCCUGCUUCUGAAGAUGGGAUUUUGAAACUGGAACUGCGAAUUGCGAAAGGUGGUGACUACAGAUCCUGGUAUGUAGAUAGUGACUACCCCAUUCAGCAUGUUCUUCAGGACCCAGUGUUUGUGGAGGUUCGUGUCCUGGAUCGCACAGACCCAAUGAUUGUCCUGAGGUUGCGUGACUGCUGGGCAACUCCUGUCCCAGCCCCAAACCAUGAAGUGCAAUGGAGUCUAUUGAUGGAUGGGUGUUCCUACGAGGGUGAUGACUAUCAGACUCUCCUACACCCAGUGGAUGUGUUUUCUGGCAUCACAUUCCCAACUCACCACAAGCGGUUUGAAGUGAAGACUUUUGUUUUCUUGGAUGAAGAGUCUGAGCAGCCUCUCUCUGAGCAGGUUUACCUGCAUUGCAGUGCUGAUGUUUGCUCUCCUUCUGCUGAGGAUGACUGCACACCCAAAUGUGGCCCAAAGACACGCAGGAGUACCAGUAACCAUGAGGGAAUAUUAGUGAGUGCUUCUGGUCCUAUCAUUUUCCUGGAAGACCAUCCUCUUUCUUCAGAACUGCAUGAAGCAAAUGGUGCUGCUGUGUCUCCUUCUUGGGCUCUACAAGGAGCAGCUGUUGGCUUCAUGAUGGUGUCUCUGUCCCUGCUGGUGGUGAUGGCUGCUGUGUAUAUGAAAAGACCAAAAGCUGUGUCUCAAUGUAGUGAAAUUGAACUGUAG